AUGGCCGAGUCUUCUUCUAUCGACACAAAAGCCCGCAACGGGCACGGCGAGCUUCACUCGCCGCGACCGCGCAAAGCUACGCGCAUAGACUUGCUGAAGCCGCAGCUCAACGAGGAAGCCUUUAACAAGGAUGGAACUCUCAAAGAGCCUGGCUCUGGCGUCUCGAGGUACCCGGAAUUUUCUCAUGCCCCUCCAUCAGUCCAGGCUACCUCGUCUGCGCGCCGUCAGAUUCGCGCCCAGCAGAAACAGCGCAUGUUUCCCACCAUCGAAUACGUGAAUCGCGUGUCCCACUUCGACCCGGAGAGCGACUAUCAUGACUUCAGAGGCUUCUUUGUCCUGUUCUGGAUCGGGCUCGCAAUCAUGGUCCUCACAACGAUGCUUCGCAACAUGACCGAGACGGGCUAUCCUCUGCAGUUGAAGCAGUGGGGGCUCUUCAAGGAGAAGGUGGUCGAACUCGGCAUGGUGGACGGAGCUAUGGUGGGCAGCACUAUGAUAUCGCUGCCACUACAGCAGCUCUUUCUCAGCGGCAAAGGUUCCCUGCGCUGGAGCAAGUUUGGCAUAUGGAUACAGAGCAUAUACCAGGUGCUAUGGCUUACCUUCUGGGUUACGUACCCUUUCAUCCGUGACUGGAGCUGGACCGCUCAGGUGUUCUUCACGCUGCAUUUGCUUGCCAUCUUCAUGAAGAUGCAUUCAUACGCCUUCUACAAUGGACAUCUGAGCGAGACUCUACGCCGUCUCAGCGAACUCGAUACGCCCGAUCAGGCGAGCAAAGCCGCAGCAGUCAGAUACCCCGAGCCUCGAACACAUUUGCACGAGAUCCCUCAGUCACCCACCCACCAAGAGCCCAAGGACGCAAACGCGGAAUAUCUGCGCCAGCUACGAGAAGAUUUGGCGUUUGAGCUCGCCUCACCACUAGGUCGUGUCUCAUAUCCCGAGAACCUCACUGUCUACAACUACAUCGACUUUCUCUUCUGCCCGACCCUUUGCUAUGAGAUCGAGUAUCCCCGCACGUCGCACAUCCGCUGGAUGGAAGUCUUCUACAAGACGCUUGCUGUAUUCGGAUGCAUCUUCUUGAUGGUCAUCACAUCUGAGGAGUUUAUCUUGCCUGUGCUUGACGCCUCCGCAGCCCGCCUUCACCAUGCAGACGGCGCACUGGACUUUACCCUGAUCGUAGCAGAGACUGUUGGCCGCCUGCUUUUCCCAUUCAUGAUCACGUUUCUGCUGGUUUUCCUUGUCAUUUUCGAGUACGUCCUCGGUGCAUUCGCCGAGCUCACAUUUCACCACUUCUUCCGUCGUCACGUCUACUCUGCAUCGAAGAACCACAUGUCGCGCCCAGUUGCGACCACAAUCACUUUCCUCAUAUCUGCGCUUGCGCACGAGUUGGUCAUGGGUUGUAUUACGCGCAAGUUCCGAGGCUACGGAUUUUUCGCAAUGAUGCUGCAGAUGCCCAUUGUCAUGGUGCAGAGAAGCAAGUGGGUGAGAGGGCGCACCUUGCUCAACAACGUGCUCUUCUGGUGCAGCAUGAUCUUGGGGCUGAGCAUGGUAAGUCAAAGCUUCCAUCAAACCGACAUACGGCUAACAAUUUCCAGAUGUGCGCGCUGUACGUCCUCGUGUAAGAGUACAACUUCGGUGGUUGUAUAUUUGAAGGAUUGCAUGUACAGCGGACUACGUGAAUUUUGA